AUGCAACCAAUAAUGUCAAGCCCAAAUGUUGAAAGAAUUGGAAUGGCACUGAGGACUGCAUUCCUUGCCAACAAGACACGCCCACUUGAGUGGCGUUACACUCAACUUAAAGCCAUCAAGAAGAUGAUUGCAGAGAAUCAAUCGGAUAUCUGUCAGGCUCUCAAGAAGGACUUGGGCAAGUGCGAGUCCGAGUCGUCGCUGUCCGAGAUCAACUUGGUGCUGAGCGAGUGUGAUCUGGCCAUUUCAAACCUCGAGAAGUGGACCAAGACCAAGAAGGUCUACACACCCGUGCGUCUCCAGCCCUCCUCGUCGCAGAUCAUCAAGGAGCCGCUGGGUGUCGUGCUGAUCAUGUCGCCCUGGAACUAUCCCGUCAACCUCGCCGUCAUCCCCCUGAUUGGUGCCGUCGCCGCUGGUAACUGCGCUUUCAUCAAGCUGUCGCCACACUCACUCAAUGUCAGCACACUGCUGCAUGGACUCGUCGAGAAGUACUUGGACCGCGAGUGCAUUGCCAUUGACUUUGGCGAUGUUGCUGUCGCACAGGCUCUGCUGCAGAUGCAAUGGGAUCACAUCUUCUUCACAGGUGGCGUUGAGAUUGGUCGCAUCGUCUACCAAGCUGCCGCCAAGCACCUCACACCCGUCACCCUCGAGCUCGGAGGCAAGAACCCAUGUAUCAUAGACAAAGAAUGCAACCUCAAGCUUGCCGCCAAGAAGAUCGUUUGGAGCAAGAGCUACAACUCUGGACAGUCAUGUGUCGCACCAGACUAUUUGUUCAUUCACAAGUCACAGCUGGACGAGUUCUUGGAGCUUGUCAAGCACUUUAUUCAUGAGUUCUUUGGCGACGACGUCCAGAAGAGCCCAUUCUACAGCAGAUUGAUCAACAAGUUCCAUGCCGAGCGUGUGUCCAAAUUGAUGGCACACGGCAAGGUUGUCAUUGGUGGCCAGGUCGACAUUGAGGAUCGCUUCGUCUCGCCAACAUUCAUGGUGGACCCCGACCUCAACUCACCACUGAUGCAAGAGGAGGUGUUUGGUCCAUUGUUGCCAAUACUCACUUAUGAGAACAUGAGCGAGGUCGUCCAGUUUGUGCGCUCCAAGCCACAUGCCCUCACACUGAUGCUGUACUCAUCGAGCAAGACCACCCAGGACUACGUGUUCAACAACACACAGUCUGGUGCAGCCCUCGCCAACGAGGCACUGCUUCACUUCACCUCGCCCUACCUCCCAUUCGGUGGAGUUGGUCACAGUGGCAUUGGUGCCUACCAUGGAAAGCUUACAUUCGACCUAUUCACUCACAAGAAGGCCUGUGUCCGAUCAUCCUCCAUGCAGAUACUCGAUCUCCCAGUUAAGUACCCACCCUACACAGCAUUCUCUGACUCUGUCAUGACCACCGCUUUGAGAACCAAGUGGUAG